AUGCAAGACGCCAAGCUUACUCAGAUGCUCUUGACCACCAUGGUCACCAGCAAUAACAUUAACUAUGCCAUGACUGCCUUUUACAACAACAACAACAACAACAACAACAUCGCAAGUCCUUCUAAUGGAACUACUAGCCAAGAACAACAUGCCGCCAUUACGAUUGGAGCAAUCAAAGGAACUUUAUUUGGUUUCCUCAUCAUAUUGAUCAUCUCCUUGUUACUCACAAUAUGGCGCCGCCAACAACGAAACGGCAAAGAUUAUUCUGAUCACUAUCAUCAUCAUGACGAGGACUAUGCCAGCCUCGAAUCCAUUUCUCAUGAUGAUGACGACGAAUCACAGCAUACCUUUACUGUUUCACCAACACGGUAUCAUCAUCAUCUAGGAAAGAACGGAGGAAUGGAGAUGGAUUCCAUUGGUGGCUAUUGGGAGGAGGGAGACCACCACCACCAACACAACCACCACUCGUCAUCAACCACCAAACAUAGCCUCCGACUCGCACUCAAGAAACAUCAAGGCUUGGGCUCCGGAUGGGAAGACUCGGGGGAACGAUAUAGUUACCGAGUGGCCUGCAAACACGAUGAUGAUGAUCAUGAUCAUGAUCAUGUGGAUAUUCAUUAUGAAUCCAAAGUGUGCGACCGCAAUCGGUAG